UCAAAGCACAACAAAUGCCAGAAUAAAUUGUAGUAGUCCAUUGAAUGAUCCGAGUGAAGCGUACUUCUUCUUCUUUGCAUUGACCCGCCAGCCAGAUCUGGGCCGAAAAGUUCAAUUCCAUUGUGGACCGUCUCAUCCUCAUGCCGACCCUUGAGCGGGUCCAUGCAGCAUCACCUUCCUUUUGGCCAUCAUCAUUACAAAAAUGCUGAAUCGGAAAGUCGUCUGGGUCAGUUUGGGGCUAGGGGUGGGGGUGGCGGCCGUGGGUGGUGUCCUCUACGCCCUAACCCGCGAUGAGUGGGGCUGGACGGAAGGCGAUGGUGACGAUGAGGCCCAGGGCGGGGCUCGGAGCUGUCCCGUGCAUUUAACGGUCCGAAUCGAGGCUGAACACGCUGGAUUGGUCAUCGGAAGACGCGGUGAAACCAUCCAACAAAUACAGAGAAAAACCAAUACCAAGAUAUUCUUCAAAGAUGAAGAAGCCACGGAAACCCAUCGUGUGAUCGGGAUUCGCGGUCAAAGAACUGACGCCCACCUGGCCGAGAUCUUGAUCCAUCAACUCAUCGCCAACCAGCCUCAAUUGGAGACUGUGGUCGUAGAAGUGCCGAACGAAUGGGUGGGGCGGAUCAUUGGGCGGGGUGGAGAGACCAUCCGAAGUCUUCAGACUCAAUCCCGAUGUAAGAUUGACGUGGAACGUGGUGGUGGGGUUCCGCAAGGGACCAAGCGUAUCACCUUGCGGGGCACCUCCGAGCAAGUGGAUCGAGCUCAAGUGCUCAUAACCGAGCAAUUGGAUGAAGCUGCCAGUUUGCGGGCACGGGUCAAGAUCGCCCAAGAUUCACGGCGCCCGCGAACUUUUGCGCCCAAAGCAAAUCAGACACCGCACUUGUUCCUGACUUCGGAGAAUGGAGUGGAUUCGGAAACUAGUCACCUGUUCCGGCCCAAAGAGUCCGAAAAGACAGAGACGUUGGUCCAAUCUGCGGGGGAUAAAGUCAUGGCCGUGUAUGUGUCUUCUAUCGCCGAUCCGGGAUUCUUUUAUGUACAGAAAGUCGGGCCUCGAAGUAUCGAUUUGGACAAACUGGUCGAUGAAAUGACGGCUUUCUAUGAAGUGGCAGCUAAUCGAGAGUCCAAUCAAGUCAAAACGGCCGAAACUGGUGAUUUAGUGGCCGCUCAAUUUGAAGCCGACGGUCGCUGGUAUCGGGCCAAAGUGGUCAAAGUCAUCCCCGACGAAUACGACGAAUCCCAGAUUUCGUUGGAUCUCGACUACGUUGACUUCGGGGAUUGCAUCCAGAAGUCGAUCUCCGAAGUGUACAACCUGCGAACCACGUUUCUUAAACUCAAUUUCCAAGCCAUCCAAUGCUCUCUCGCUCGCAUAGAGCCCGGUCAACGAAAGGAGGACGGAUCUCUCGUUUCGGCGUCUUGCUGGUCACCCGAGGCCAGUGAUGAUUUCGAGCGACUCACACGUUGUGCUCAAUGGAAGGAGGUGUUGGCUGAAAUCGUGGACUACAAGACGGUUCAGUCCCAAUUGGUGCCUUGGGUUCAAUUGGUGGACACAUCCGGGGACGAGGAUCUGAAUAUCGGCGACGAAAUGGUUCGACUUGGUCAUGCCCGAUACAUCGACCAGUGAAUGUGAAUUUAUCCCUUCACUUCAUCCAUUCAGUUACCCUUUGAAGGAGGACUUCGGACCGGAAUGUACUUGUAUCAACGUCCUUUAGUCCUCUCUUCUAUCACUCAACCAUCUCCAAUAGUGCUGUGAUCCUUUCGAAUUCGUUACGCCAUAUCCUUUCUUUGUUGAUCAGAGGUAGAAGAAUUGUCAUUAAUUAGAUUAUCCAUACAGUUCA